GAGAGACUGCUGAAGUGUUCAGGGAGGAAGUAAGAAACUCAAUACACAGAGGCACUUGGAGUAACAGGGCAGGGAGAGAAAGGCGCUGUAGGGUUCAGAUCAGUGAUAUGAGUGAGCAGCAGAUCAUUGAACAAUCUUAAGGAGGCCGUUAGAGGAGCUGUAGACGACGGCUUGAAAAAUGUCUGUAAUUGCUGGACUGUGGAGGAGGCUUCCCCUGGCUGCUGGUUCCCAGAUUAGAAAUGUGAAACCAACAAAGCAUUUGAGACUUCGUGCAGUAAUCUUUUAUAGCACAGAGACACCCUCUAGUGAUGUGACUGUUUACUACAAUCAUGGCCUUCCUGUGAUAACCCUUCCACUGCCCUCCCGCUAUGAGCGCUGCCAGUUCACAGUCAAGCCCUUGACCACUACUGUGGGGAACUUUUUGAAAGAUAUCCAGAAGGAGGACAAAGGCAUUGAUUACGCUGCAGCUAUAUCCACAGAUGGAACUAAGUUCUCCGCCACAACAUUGAUGGAUGUUUUACUAAUGAAUGAUUUUAAACUUGUCAUUAACAAUACAACAUAUCAUGUCCAGCCUCCUCCUAGAGUUAAAGCCAGCCCAGAGAAAGCUAGUGAAAUGGAUGAAAUUAAAUCCCUGAUUCACAGUCUCUACGCAGCCUUGCACUUGGAAGAACAUCAGCUGAAGAAGGAGCAGGAAUUGCUGCAAAGGCUUGACACACUGAAAGAACAGCUGCAACCACUAGAGCAGAUAAAAGCUGCAGUAAUGACUAAAGCCGAUGCAAAGACAACCCGUCUAAUGUGGAUUGGAUUGGCAUUUUUGUCUACCCAAGGUGGUGCUCUUGCUUGGCUCACAUGGUGGGUCUAUUCGUGGGAUAUCAUGGAACCCGUUACAUAUUUCCUUACAUAUGGAAGUGCCAUUGCAUUCUACGCUUAUUUUGUUUUAACCAGAGAGGAUUAUGUAUAUCCAUCUGUGAGAGACCGGCAAUUCCUUCACUACUUUCACAAGAGAGCCAAGAACCAGCAAUUUGAUGUUGAAAAGUAUAAUAGGCUGAAGGAAGAGUUUUCAGAGACUGAAGACAGCUUAAGACGCCUGCGAAACCCUCUACAACUGAAGCUCCCAAUUGAACAGCUACAAGAACGAGAAUAAUUUUGAAUUCUUUAUUUUUUUUAUCUGCAAGGAAAUAAAUCUUUUUGUGUUGAGAUUGAUUUUUUUUUUAUAACAAACUAGAUCAUUUUUUUGACACUACAUAUAGUGACUGCAAUAAAGCAUAAUAAUAGUUUUAUUAAAUUCA